AUGGUUCGAAAACCGGACGAGGGGCUCCAGGAUGCCUUGAAGCAGCUUCGUUUGAGUGGCGACUACAGCGACAUGACCAUUAUCUGUGGCGAUGAUUUGUACCAUGCGCACAAGGCACUUUUGUGUCCGCGUUCAAAGUAUUUUGAGCGAACUUUCAAAAGUGAAAUGCAGGAAAGCCACAGUUCCCAGGUAGACCUAUCAGGUCACAAUCCGGAAGCAGUCAAACUGGUCAUUGACUUUUUCUAUUUGUCCGACUAUAAACCUUCGCACGGCGACCAAGCACACGAAUCUGAGAUCAAAAGCGAGUCGCCAGCUACUGAAAUUCCGGCGGAAGCAACAAUAGAGUCUCAACAAAUAACCGACGUGCCCGAGGAUGUAAACUUGAAUUUUGCUUCGGGGUCAAAGAAAAACAAGAAAAAGAAGUCAAAAACCAGAAAUGGCAGUAUCUUGGAGCUGAUGGACGAGCGGGACAGAAAUCCCGACUUGGAACCCUCCAACCUCGCAGAGUCCUUGCGAGAAAAAACAUUCCUGCUUACCCACUGUUACGUAUACGCCCUGGCCGAAUACCUGCAAGUCAACGAGCUUAAAGUGCUGGCAGCCUCGAAAUUCCGAGGCGAGGCCGAAAAGCAUUGGAACCACCCCGACUUUUUCGAGGCAGUCCAAGAAGUCUACCGGACGUCAGUGCGCAACGACAGACUUCUGCGCGACAUUGUAGUGGAGGUUAUGAAAAAGCACGGCGAUCUUCUGAAUCGUUUCGAAUACCAGGACGUCGUUAGUCAGCUUGACCUAUCGUUCGAACUGCUCAUGGCGGUUAAGACUGAAGGGUGGGGCUGA